AUGCUCGAGGACGCCGCCGAGAACGUCAAGCGUUACGCUCCUCCGCCUCAAAGGCAAGCUAUCCCUCCUCCUUCCCGCCCCCCUCUCGUCCUCCUAUCAUAGCUCAACGAUCGUUUCACUGGUAAAGCGUGGAUGCUCGAUUCUGCCGCUAGAAUCGUAUGUGAUUUUACAAUUAGCUUUCAUCUUCGCAAGAUCAAUUGGUUCCUGCAAGCUUUCCUUUCUCUGAUUCCCCAGCGUCAUAUGACUGAUGCUGUGCAUAUUUCUCUCCUCAUAGGAACCGUGUGCUCAAUCGGCGGAAAUCUGGAGGUGAGCCGAUGCUCGUCGUCUCUCCCUCCCUCCAACUUUUCACUACCUGCGCGAUCUUGAGCCGACCAUACUUUUAUAGUCAGAUCCCUGGUGGAGUAUCCUGUGAUCUUCGUCCAGAAAAUACCUUUUUUUUUCCUUUAAAGAAUUUUUGGCCUAUAAAUAAACACAUCAGUCUUUUUAGUAAAAUCUUCUUAUAUGGCUCACAAAUCUACGCUAAUGGGCACCCAUCUCACUGCUUUGCUCUCAUGACAUGAACAGAGGGGAUCGACAGAGUAAACUACUCUUAUGGGCACAGCGGCGAGAAGAGUCAGAGGUAUCCGAGAGCUCAUCCUUUCGUUGAUGAUUAUGUGGACAUUGGGAACAGAAAUGGCCAACACAUAAAAUUCUCAUUCCAGGUUGAUUCCUAUAGCGGGAUGCCAUAGCAGUGAGGCUGCAAAGCUUUUGAAUGAGCGUAAGUUCCAUUGCUUUGGCCUUCAAUGCUUACACUUUCCGAGCCUUGUCCUACUGAGUCAGAUCGCUAGGAGUGGAGACAUAACUCCACCUAAUGCUCCUUUUUCAAUCUCCCAUCUUUACCCAAUUUUGCUAUUUCAUUACAUUAAUUCGUGUACAUGGAACAGCUCAAUUCGAGCAAUUUUGACUAUCGUUGAUGUUUUCUAUCUCUUCUAGCGUCUCUCUGUCUGUGUAGAGCAAUGCCAGUUGCAUUACCAGGCGAGGUUCUUCAGUCUUGUGCCUGAUUAUGUCGAAACCAUACCUGUGCGAGCACAAGUUUUAGCAGAUCUGGUGCAUCACCUGUGAGAUUAUAAAAGGGUCUCAUGUCGGAUGAUGAAGCUGCUGCCAGAUAUAUGAAAAUGUUGGGACACACGAUUAAUGGAUGCAUUCAGUUUCUGACAUAGUUUUCCCUUCAUGAAACGAAAAUGUCAACCAUCUCUCAUCUGCUUCUUUGAUUGAUGUAUAUGUUGUCUGCGUUCAACUCCAUCCAAAAAAAUAAAAAAUAAAAAUAGGGAGCCUCAAUAUCAUAGGACUUUGGAACUUAACCAUAUUUCACUCAUCUCUUGGAUCGCCCCAUUUUCUGCUUUCAUUUCCAUUCCUGAUCCAUGCUUCUAGAUGUAGGAGAUUUUGGGUCGUCUCACUUCUAAAUCUGGUGUUGACCUCGUCUUCUUGCUUGCUCAGGAUGGGCGACUGCCGUGCAUUCCUACGAUGAACCCACUACGGAUUUGUCUUCUGGUAAAUGGCUGCCUUUUGAGGAACUGGAGAUAAACGUGUUUCUGGUCUCCCCUCCCUCCUGCUUUCACCUCCAUCCCCCGUACAAUCGAUCCCCUGCACAGAUAGUGGUGCAGUCUUGAACUUGUUCUCCCAUCCAUCCGUUGACUUUCUAUUUUCUUUUUAACAGAGCGCCCAAUCAUGUACUUGGGAGCCAGCGACUCAUCCUGGGCAGCUCAGCUGAAGUUUCCUCAUCAGGUGGGUGGCAUCGGUGGCCCCUUUUCCUCUUUCCUGUGGACUUUCAUAUCAUUUCCUCUUUCAUUGACUCUCACCUGCGCCAUUUCCUCCCUUUCUUCUGCGGCAGAUGGACUUUCUGGCUGAGCUUCGGCGUGCCAUCCAGAGCUCUGACAGGACUGCCGUUUGA